UUUCCCAGGAACUGCGCUAACAUACCCGCGAUGAAACCCAGCUGGGGGGACACUUUUCGUCCCCGACCUGUGGUAAGUCGGCUGGGUUGAAUUGUGUGAAGUUGUCAAAGGUUGCUCUCCUCUCCAGAACUCGGCACCAGCUCCGCUGAAAUGUGAUGCCACUGGUUUUCAGUAAAGGUUCCUUUCUGCAGGGCUGCAAACACAGAUCAGCUGCUACUGUGUAUAUACAACCAGGGAGCAAAUCAACCAGCACAGUUAAAGCAGCCUUUUUCACCCUGAGACUUUCCAAGAUCUCUUCUUCACGCAGGAAGUUUCCUUCUCUGUUGUCAGAUUUAGCACUGUUCUCUUGUCAUCAGAUCCGAGCUAGGCUCCCUGCUGCACAGUAGAGAGGCUUCCUUAAGACAUUUGUCCUUGAAACUGCACCAAACUCUUGGAAGAACCCAGAACGUGUCCCACGCUCUGCUUCCAUGGAGGAGGGUGGCCAGUGCAGUCCCGAGCACAGUGUGGUGACUUAUGGAUUUUCACUGAGCUGACAAUUUACUGGCUCAUCAAUGAAACAAUAUUAAAUUAUGAAGAUGUAAGGAAAAAAUCCUACGCUAACAUUGUUGCAGUUUGAAAGGCUUCUCUGCAGAAUGUCAAACAAAGAUCGACACAUUGAUUCCAGCUGUUCGUCCUUCAUCAAGACGGAACCCUCCAGCCCGGCCUCCCUGACGGACAGCGUCAACCACCACAGCCCAGGUGGCUCCUCAGACGCCAGCGGGAGCUACAGUUCAACCAUGAAUGGCCAUCAGAACGGACUUGACUCGCCACCUCUCUACCCUUCUGCUCCUAUCCUAGGAGGUAGUGGGCCUGUCAGGAAACUGUAUGAUGACUGCUCCAGCACCAUUGUUGAAGAUCCCCAGACCAAGUGUGAAUACAUGCUCAACUCGAUGCCCAAGAGACUGUGUUUAGUGUGUGGUGACAUUGCUUCUGGGUACCACUACGGGGUAGCAUCAUGUGAAGCCUGCAAGGCAUUCUUCAAGAGGACGAUUCAAGGUAAUAUAGAAUAUAGCUGCCCAGCCACGAAUGAAUGUGAAAUCACAAAGCGCAGACGUAAAUCCUGCCAGGCUUGCCGCUUCAUGAAGUGUUUAAAAGUGGGCAUGCUGAAAGAAGGGGUGCGCCUUGACAGAGUACGUGGAGGUCGGCAGAAGUACAAGCGCAGAAUAGAUGCGGAGAACAGCCCCUACCUGAACCCUCAGCUGGUUCAGCCAGCCAAAAAGCCAUUGCUCUGGUCUGAUCCUGCAGAUAACAAGAUUGUCUCACAUUUGUUGGUGGCCGAACCGGAGAAGAUCUAUGCCAUGCCUGACCCUACGGUCCCUGACAGUGACAUCAAAGCCCUCACUACACUGUGUGACUUGGCUGACCGAGAGUUGGUGGUUAUCAUUGGAUGGGCGAAGCAUAUUCCAGGCUUCUCCACGCUGUCCCUGGCGGACCAGAUGAGCCUUCUGCAGAGUGCUUGGAUGGAAAUUUUGAUCCUUGGUGUCGUAUACCGAUCUCUUUCAUUUGAGGAUGAACUUGUCUAUGCAGAUGAUUAUAUAAUGGAUGAAGACCAGUCCAAAUUAGCAGGCCUUCUUGACCUAAAUAAUGCUAUCCUGCAGCUGGUAAAGAAAUACAAGAGCAUGAAGCUGGAGAAAGAAGAAUUUGUCACCCUCAAAGCGAUAGCUCUUGCUAAUUCAGACUCCAUGCACAUAGAAGACGUCGAAGCUGUUCAGAAGCUUCAGGAUGUGUUACACGAGGCCCUGCAGGAUUAUGAGGCCGGCCAGCACGUGGAGGACCCGCGCAGGGCCGGCAAGAUGCUGAUGACCCUGCCGCUCCUGAGGCAGACCUCCACCAAGGCUGUGCAGCACUUCUACAACAUCAAACUAGAAGGCAAAGUCCCCAUGCACAAACUGUUUUUGGAAAUGCUGGAGGCCAAGGUCUGACUAAAAGCUUCCUGGGCCUUCCUAUUCUGCACGCCGAAAAAGGGAAAAUAAACCCAAGAGUGAUGUCAAAGAAACUUAGAGUUUAGUUAACAACAUCAAAAAUCAACGGACUGCACUGAUAAUUUAGCAGCAAGACUAUGAAGCAGCUUUCAGAUUCCUCCGUAUCUUCCCGAUGAGUUUCUUUCUACCUUAUCUCCUCUCCUUUCUCCCUUUCUUCUCUCAUUUCUUUUGCUCUUUUUUUUUCUCCUUCCCUUAUUCCUCCUUUCCCUCAUCUCUUAGCUUUCUUCAUUACUGAUUCCCGUUUGCCUUCAUUUCCUUCCUUCUGUCCUUCCUUCCUCCUCCUCCUCUCUUUUCCUCUCUUCCUUCCUCCUUCUCCUUCUCUUUUCUCAUCCUUCCCCUUUCUCCUAAAUUUCACAUAUGUCUAGUUGUAAGGAAAUUGUCCCUUCCCUUCCCUUUCCUUUCCUUUCCUUUCCUUUCCUUUCCUUUCCUUUCCUUCCUUUCCUUUCCAUUCCUUUCCUUUCCUUUCCUUUCCUUUCCUU